UUAUGUAUCUGGUUUAGCUUCCUGAUUUAGAUCUUGUAUUCUGUUUGAUUGUUACGUUUGACGUUUUUUUAGAUCUUUACCAGUGCCGUUCUGAAAGUAAACAAAGCCAGCAUGAACAUGCCUCACAACUUAUGUUACUUACGGACAUGGAAUUGCCGGUUGCAUGUAUGGUACCGAUAGGACUAUUUGCCCUUCAACGUUAUGGGACCCACAGGGUCGGCUUCUUGUUCGCACCCGUCAUAAUAACAUGGCUUUUCUGCAUCAGUGCCAUUGGUAUAUACAAUAUUUUCCAUUGGAACACAUGUAUAGCAAGCUCUUUCUCCUUAUUACGUGUACAAAUUCCUCAAAAAAACCCAAAUGUUGCGGUUGGAUGCCCUUGGGAGGUAUCCUUCUCUGCAUCCCAGUCGGUGCUGCUGUAAAAAUUUCAGUACAAAAAGAUGGAGGCUUCAGGACUCAUUUUGCAGUCGAUGGCGACCGCCGAACGGCGAAGAUAUCCGAUAUUUAUGUUUACUUCAGGGUGUCCAAUUCCAGAUGAGCUAUGGCGUUUCACGUAUCUCGC